AUGACUUCUCAACCUUCAUCUUCACAACCACUUCAUCCUCCCCUCCAUCUCACCAUCCGCUUCUCAAUAUCUCAACCAGAUGUCGAGCUUGACAUCUCAUCGCCCCGGACAACCACUGUUCUUGCCCUCAAGCAUAUUCUACGCACUCGAUUAAGGUCGCGUAGCCGACUGCGUCUCAUUCAUCAGGGUCGUCUGCUUCCGGAUGCUUCAGCACUGAGCGCUGUUCUCAAGCCACAUCCCCCACCACCGCGUGACAAUGAUGAUCCCAAGGGGAAAGGCAAAGCUGUUGAGGGCGCAAACAUCUCGCGGGUCUAUGUGAAUUGCUCUAUCGGAGAUGAGUUAACAAGCGAGGAGUUGGAGAAGGAAGAAGAAGAGGCGUCUGAACCGCCCAAAGAUGUGGUCGGCAAUGGUUCCCAGCCUGCAUCAUCCACAAGACCGCGCCCAAGAGGGUUUGAUCGAUUGUUACAGUCCGGGUUCACAUCUUCUGAGGUCGCAACACUCAGAACACAGUUUACCUCCAUACACACAGCACGCUAUACGCCAGACGCUUUACCCUCACCUGAUACAUUGCGUAACAUGGAAGAUGCAUGGAUUGAUAAUAACGCCGAUGGCAUCCCAUCCGGGUCCAAUCCUUUGGAGGACGAAAACGCAGGCAUGGCAUCUGUGUUGGACACCUUGUUCAAGGCCAUGAUGGUCGGCUUCUUCUUUCCCCUGGGAAGUCUGACUUGGCUGAUGCGCCAGGAGGGGAUCUGGAAUCAGCGAUGGCAGAUUUUUGUCGGGUUUGGUGCUGUCUUCAGCCUCUGUGUUGGCUUUAUCAUGGAAUUAUCGGGAGACAGGCCUUAG